AUGGAGAGACUCCCCUCCAGGCUGAUGCUGAUCCUGGCCCUUUCCAGAGCGUUGGAGCUGCAGUUGGUUGCUGGGCCGGGCCACUGCGGACGUCCCUCACCGGGAGGCCUGGUGGUCCCAGCGGGCAGCCUCCGGCCCCAGGGGGAGCCCGCGAUUCGUCACUGGCCUCUCCAGGGGGCACCACUCAUGAGAACCCAGGACAGUAAGGAGCUCAACAAGACCUGCUGCCUGAACGGGGGGACCUGCAUGCUGGGGUCCUUCUGUGCCUGCCCCCCCUCCUUCUAUGGACGGAACUGUGAGCACAACAAGCACAGAGAGAACUGCGGGUCCGUGCCCCACGACACCUGGCUGCCCCGGAAGUGCUCCCUGUGCAAGUGCUGGCACGGCCAGCUGCGCUGCUUCCCCCAGACGUUCCUGCCGGGCUGUGAUGGCCACGUGAUGGAUGAGCACCUGGCGGCUGCCAGCGCCCCGGGACCGACGCCGUCCGCAGGCACCGCGCUCCUGCUGGCUGGCACCUGCCUCGCUUUGCAAAGUUCGCAUUAG